CUCUCAGUCUCUCUCUCCUCCUCUGUCUCCAUACUCUGCUCUCACCCUCCGCUCAUUAAUUCGCAGCGGCAUCUUCUUCUUCUUCUUCUUCUUCUUCGCUUUUGCUCGGAAGGUUCCCUCCCCCAAACCCUAGCCAUGUCGAUCUGAGAGAUCGUGGAAAUCCCAAUACUCGCUAGUAUAUUUUUCUCUUCGGUUCGUUUUGAGGCGAAGCUUGUGGAGAUCGGCGGAGGAGACGGCGCGGUUGCUGCUCCAAAUGGUGGCGUGUACGCGAAAGGAACCGGCUGCGGAAGCGAGGAUUGCGGGGUCAAAGGUGCGGUGUUUUCCAGGGUUUUGCUGAUGGGCCUUCUCUUCUUUCCGAGAAAUCGGACGCGGAUGUUGUGGAGGAAGAAGCAGCUCCGGAUUUGACUGCGUAGGUGUAGAGGCGAGCGGAGAGGUCGAUUUUGAUCUGAAGAGAAGUGAGGUGAUUUUUUGAAAAAGAAAAGCUGGUUUAGAUCGUACUUUGGAGACGCGAUCUUAGGAGUUUGAGGCGUAUGGAGAACGAGGAGGAAGCGAGAAGCAUCGCGUGAUCUCGAGCUCUUUCGCGUGUUGUGAACAAAUCCGAGCUUGUCAGGGACUCUUCUGAAAAUUUUGUGGAGAAGGUCGUUUUGCUUGUUCUUUGUUCAUGGGAGUAGGAUAUUAGAAGGGUUUUGCCCUCUUGGGGGGUUGCUAAGAUGUCGGCGGCGGCGAAGGCUCAAGAUUUGGACCCUCUUUUGAAGGAUCUCACAGAGAAGAAACUGAGCUUUAAGAGAAGCGUUGUUUCGUUAGCAGCCGAGCUUAAGGAUGUACGGAACAGGUUGGCUUCGCAGGAGGAGUCUUUUGCUCGAGAGGCUCGAACUAGGGAGGUGGCGGAGUCAAAGGCGAAGAGCAUGGAAGAAGAAGUGGAGCGGUUGCAGAUAUGUUUACAGUCCAAGGAUGAGCAACUGAGGCUUUCCUCAUGCAGUACUGAGCAGUAUCUUAAGGAAUUGGAUGAUUUAAGAUCACAACUAUCAAUUACUCGAGAAACUGCCGAGGCCAGCGCUGCAUCAGCUCAGUCAGCUCAAUCCCAAUGCUUGUCCUUACUUAAAGAACUGAAUGAAAAGAAUGCAUCACUAAAAGAGCAUGAGAACCGAGUAAACAAGCUAGAGGAGCAGUUAGAUCUUCUUCAGAAGAAUCUAGAAGCAAGAGAACUCUCACAAAGGCAACUGAAAGAUGAGGUGGUAAGAAUCGAGCGUGAGAUUAUGCAUGCAGUUGCAAAAGCAGGAGACAACAAAGACUGCGAGCUUAGGAGGAUUUUGGCUGAAGUUUCACCAAAGAAUUUUGAGAAUAUUAGUAAGCAUUUGAAUGCCAAGGAUGAGGAGAUUGCACGGUUGAGAGACGAGAUCAGGAUAUUAUCUGCACACUUUAAACAUAAAACUAAGGAAUUAGAAUCGCAACUGGAAAAGCAUCGGCGGGCUGAUCAAGAGCUGAAGAAGAGGGUACUCAAGCUUGAAUUUUGUCUUCAAGAAUCACGAUCUCAGAUGCGAAAACUUCAGAGGAUGGGAGAGAGAAGAGACAAAGCCCUGAAAGAACUAAGAGAUCAAUUGGCUGUGAAGCAACAGAAUGGACUUGGCUCGGGUGACAAGCAGAACUUUUGGGAAAGCUCAGGCUUUAAAUUCAUCGUAUCUAUGUCUAUGUUGGCAUUAGUUAUCAUUGCAAAACGGUGAAGGGGAGAUCCGCCUUUCCUGCCGUUUCAAUGUGUAAAGGAACUUUAGAUAUCAUCAGAAUUAAGUAGGGAAGCACCUCUUUUUAUUCUGGAGAUACAGUAAUGUAGAACCCUGUGUUGGAGAUAGAUGAACUUUUUAGCAUUUUACUUUUGAUGUAAAAGUGAAAAACUCUAGUUGGCAGAGCGGUAAUCUCAAUUUUUGGAGUCGAUUUGAGCUUUUACAAGUCACCCAGUUUUUU